AGCAAAGCGCAGAGAAUGUGCUCUUUAUAACAUGACGAGCCAGGCCGAGGAUGACGAGGACGAUGAGGUGGUUGCAAAAAAGAGGCAGCGGGAGGAAAAGCAUUCCGGAGGACUUCCUAGAAAAUGAUAAUUCGGAAUCUGAUCAGGAAAACAACAGAGGUGUAACCGUGUCAAGCUUCCCUAAGCCUCCAGCCAAGCUGCCUCCCCUUCUUAAUGCAGACAUGAGUGAACAUCCCGAAGCAGAAAGGUGUGCUUCCAGCACUCCCUUCACCAGGCGCCCGUCCAGGUCUCACUCCACCAGACCCCCGUCCAGGUUUCCCUCCACCAGGCGCCCGUCCAGGUCUCACUCCACCAGGCCCCCGUCCAGGUCUCCCUCCACCAGGCCCCCGUCCAGGUCUCCCUCCACCAGGCGCCCGUCCAGGUCUCACUCCACCAGGCCCCCGUCCAGGUCUCACCCCACCAGGCGCUCGUCCAGGUCUCACUCCACCAGGCGCCGAUCCAGGUCUCCUUUACACAGACGCCCGUCCACGUCUCGCUAUGCCAGAUAUGAUGUCAGAACCUGGACGUUCCCAUUGCCUCAGGAGGUGUUUCAGAAAAAGGUUUUAACAUUGCUUCUUGAGCUUCGGGAUAAGGAUUCCCAGCACACGUCAGCACGCGUCAGGAACAUCGUCAGGAUGGAGACCAUGGAGCAGUUUGACGAGGAGGAGGAGCAUCUCACUGACGAGAGUAACUUUGAACACAUGGUGCAGCGUCUGGCUAGAGUAGGAGGAAGGGACCCAAAAGAGUGCGUCCGAAAAGUCCUUGACAGGCUGUUCUCGAACACCCUAAUGGCGCAAUUUAAUAUGAUGGGCAAGGGCCACAAGGACAAAAGAGCUUUAAGGGGCACAAGAAUCUUCAAGGCAAUACAAGAAGGAGUUAUGAGGUUUGAUAAGGCGGCAACAGAAGACCUCAUCAAGCAAACCAUCGCUGACCACCUGAAGCAUGCGCCACAGAGACGUCUGAGAGUUUUAUAAGGAGUCACACUUACGCUUUAUGCUUCUGUUGCUAUGGCCUGCUGUGUCAACCUCUCCUCCAGACGUGUUCUGCCCCCCCACCCCCCACCCCCCCACCCCCCACCACCACCACCACCACCACCACCACAU